CGAUGCUGCAUUUGUUUAUCAUUCGAAAACAAGAUGUCUAAAAGAGUGCUGUUACUUCUAUUCAUCUGCUUUGCAGCGAUUUCUGCACUUCCGAAUAAUAAAAAAGUGAAACGUCAGGCAACGCACGAGUUCGGGAAUAAAGAUUACUACCUUGAAUCAUUGAUAAAAGCCAAUUUUCAUAAUGCGUUCAUGUUCUGCCAGAGAUUAGGCAUGCAAUUACUUACGAUCAAUUCCAACGAAGAGUACGAUUAUCUGUACAAGCUCAUUACGACUGAACUAUCUUUUGGCCCGGAUUCGAAGUUAUGGACGUCCGGAACGGACAUAGCACGCGAAGGUAAAUUCCAUUGGUUGUCAACCGGAUAUCCGGUCAAAAUUAACAAAUGGUUGCCCGGGGAACCAGACAACGAUAACGGCGAACAUUGCAUGGAGUUCUGGAACAACAACGGGAAUAUUGGUCUGAACGACGAUAAAUGUCACUCCGAGAAUUACUUCAUAUGCGAGAAAAAGAAAAAUUAAAUUUGGAAAACAGUAUUUAUCUCAUAUUUAUUUUAAAAUAAAUAAUAACUAGAUUGAUUUAUGGGCAAUUAUGUAUCUUUAUUA